GAGGCGUUGAGGUUCGAGCUUGCACUGCCCAAGAAGACAAGAAGAUGGCGGUAGACAGGUUCAUGCGCUAUGCCGGCCUCCUGUGGCUGGCCUCCUUGCCAGGCAUAUGGGGAGACGGAGGGGUGAAAACAUUGGAAGAAGAAAGCCUCGACCGCGAGAUCCGUGCUGCGUACAUGGCUUGGUUCUUCAAGCGCUGCUGCGCCUGGGGUACCUGGGUCCUCUUUGGUGGCAUGCUCUAUUCCAACUGCCGGACAGCCAGACCAUUGCCCACUGAGCUUCGGCGGCAGUCAAGAAGUACCUUCGCGUUUGGCCUCUGUGAAUGUUGUCACCACUGCGAGACCUCCUGCUGGGCAUUUUGGUUUCCCCUCACCGUCUGGCUAUCCUUUCUUUGGGCCUUCUCCCGGCUCGGCCUUGGCAUCGCCUUCGCGACGACGGUGCUUCUGGACCUGGAAGCACCAGGACCAUACCUGUGGCUAAUGUUGGCUGGGAAGUAUGUCCAGGUAUGGCAUCGUCAGCACCUGCGCAAGAAGUUCCAUUUGGACCACAGCAACUGUCGCACGAUCACGGAGGAUGCCUGCGUAUGGUGCUUUUGUGUGCCGUGCGCUGCCAUGCAGGAAGCACUGCAGGUGGGCUUUGUCGAGGGGCUGCCCCUUACGGCGCCUCUGACGGAUGCCCCCGCGCCCCCUAGUCAACAAGAGCUCGUUGGGGCAGCCGUAAGGGUGGAUGGGCGACAGGCCUUCCUUCAAGCUUGA